AUGCCUUUUUUCACUGUGUUACCGUGUCUCAUUUACCAGUGGCAAUCCAUUUUUUCAGCAACUUCUGAAAAAGCUGUCGCCGAAUCUGCCCCUGUGGCGAUUACUAAUGCAGCGAGUGGCUCGCAAGAUCAAUCUGAAGACCCGAUUGAUCUACCUGCUGAGAACCAUGCAUUGAACUGUGUCGUCGAACCAGUGCCAAAGUCGGAAGAUGAUUGCGGAAUUCAAAAGAAGUGCAACGAAAGAGCGUUGAAGGUUCAGCUUGCUGACCUGAUGGAAGAGAAGGAUGUGGCUCUUUCGGCUAACAAACAGCUGUUAGAAAUCAUCUACAGGAUGAAAUUGGAAGCCACGGAAGCCAGCGCUGCGCGUGACGAACUCACCAGGCAAAACAUCGAGUUGCAAGACGAGUUAGUGAAGAAGGACUGUGAUCUGCAGCGGGCUGAGCAAGAAAUGAAAGACAUCGUCUUUUCUAAGCAUCAAGGUCUAAACAAGGUUGGUCUAAUGCAGAAGGAAAUCCGGAACCUCAAGAUUCGUCGAAUGAGUUAUGAAGAACGUAUGUCUCGCCUGGAACAGGAAUUGGCUGAUAAGGAGAAUCAACGAAAAGUAGAGCAAGCUCACCAACGAGCUAAGAUGGAGCAUACGAUGGCGCUACAUGCCAAACAGCUGAACGACAUUGAGUCGGAGAACAAGGUUCUUGUACAAAGGAUGGUAAAGGAACACCAGCUCGACGUGGACGAACAACGUGUCCAUUACGAAUCCGCAAUGGAAGGGUUGCGCAACCAACUUGAGAAGGAACAUGAAGCGCGUCUGCAUUCGGCAUUACAGGAGGCGAAAGUCCAAUACGCGGCUAAGUAUUCCGAGGUUUCUUAUAAGUUUCAAAUGCAAGUGCGAGGCUUUCGCAACAACGCCGAUUCAGCGCGCAUGAAGGCUGAACAACUAGCCACAAAUCUGGAAGAGUGUAAGAAGAAAUUUUCAGAGAUGGAGACAGCAAACCGCCUUCUGAAAGAGGCGCUGAACGAACAAAAAGCGACCUCAGAUGCUCAUUUCGAUGAACUUCUCGCCAGCCACGAAACCAUUGGCCGAAUGCGCGUCUUUCACGCAAAAUUACUCGAAAACCGUGAUAGGCAUAUCGAGCAAUUGCAACGAAGAAUCGAAGAAUUGGAGAAACGCGCUGACAAGGACGUAGAAGUAGUCGGACCGGAUUACUACAAACUCUUGGGAGUCGGGCGUAACGCAGGAAAGAGCGAGGUUAAGUCGGCAUAUUAUGCAAAAUCACGAAUCCAUCAUCCCGAUAAGCAUCGAGGCUCGCCCGACCAGAAAAAGCAUGAAGCUAUUUUCAAAACUAUUAAAUAUGGCUACGAAGUCAUAUCUAAUAGCCAUUCGCGGCGCAAAUAUGAUAAAUGGCUCGACAUGACAUCGGUUCGACUGGCCCAUCAAGCGCAGUAUUGUUAA